AUGGGCGGAGUGCCGGCUAUGUCACGUCCACCAUCACCAGCUAACAGCAGGACCAUGCUUGAUUUGUCGGCCGCCCACGCAACUGCUUCAGCAAGCAGUGCGAGGACAUUGAAAGAGCAAGAGGAAAUGAACGAUCCAGUGAUUCAACGAGCCAUGGCAGAGUCCCUCGGACAGCCAUUGCCAGGCCAGGAAAAUGGAGUCACUGGGACUGGAACACGCUUUGGACCUGCGAAACGAGACUUCUACGAACCUGCAAACUGGGCCAUGACCACGUUUGCUACUUCACGCGAAAUCAUUGACCAUCCACCGCCCUCGAAGCGGCGUAGAACAGACGACGAACCGGCAUUUCUUCGUGGUUCAAAGGAAACAGACUAUCUCGGACCAUUGCUCACGAUCUACCAUAGCAUACCUCUAGCGAGAGAAGCUCUGUUAAUGCCUGGUUUAAAAAUCCAUGUCUACGGACACGAGGAUAGUUGGUGGUCAGGAACAACUGACGAAAACACAAAGGCAUUGUCGACUGACAAUACCCUAUGCAUUGAUCGGGAUCAGUGCCACGUUCUGGCCGAGGUCCAAUGCUUGAUGGCAUUUCUCGAUAAAACACACCGAGCUUAUGGCAGUGUUGAUGCGCUGGCUGACCUCCAAGCCGUUCGAAGCUCCAGCCAGGCGUUUUCAUUUUCUCGAUUUCUAGAGACUUGGAAUGCCGCUGCAUUGCGCCAAGCUCCCCAAGAACCGUUGACGCAGAUCUUCAGCUCCGUUGCAGUUAAGAACUCUAGCUCUGGAGAUCGGCCUCUGGAAGAGAAGUCGCUACUUUCUAUUGGAGCUCCGAUCAAUCGGAUUCCGGGUGAGACGUUGGUGGACUUGUUCGACAUGACGGUCUGGGACGACGUCACGGGCAAUCUCGACGAUGUCUGGAUCGAUCAUGCUGCCGACGUCUUCACCGCACACGUCUAUGACCCGGCCAACGGGAAAAAUGGUCUUGAGUUGACUGUGGACCCAAUUUGGUAUCCGGAUCGGUACAUGUACGAAUUCAGAGAGGCCACGCAGCACAUGCGGAAACAGUUGCAACUGAUACGCAGAGAGAUCGAUCAGUGCACGAAUGCCCGGCGCCGCUGUGAAGUCCUCAAAUUGCCGGACAAUAGGAUGCUCAAAAUUCGGGAGGUCCUUGAUGCUGUCGCAAAGACCUCAGCUACCGCACUCGGCCAGAAGUCGGCGUCCAAUGGACUCUACGAUCACCAGCAGCCCCUGUCGGAGAGCGCCAUCGCACAAGUCGAAGCGGAGCAAAUUGCUUCAGACUUGCAAAAUGUACUCCAAAGAAUGGACCAGAAAGUGCAGCAGCUGGAGCAAAGAAAGGCUGACUUGCGAGAGAAAAUGCGGCAAAUCUCGUUACAGCUGACCCGGCCUACACCGGAAAAUCCCCACAUUCCGCACCGCAAGUACACUUUACAAGGUGUGUCAACAAAGCCUGAGAUCACGUAUGUUCGUCAGCCCAAUCGGGACCUGCUUCAUCUUGAGGAGGAUCAAAGAAACCCUGAGGAUUCAGAAUUCCAGUGGUGGAAAUUGUGCUGGUUGCAAGAUGACACUGGGAAACAAAUACCACCGCCACCAAUCAUGGGACCCAUGACACAGGCACAAGCGGAAGCCGCUAAAAAGACGGGAAAUUCUUGGGAUGAAAACGGCGACUUUUCCAAACCCUACGCCGUCAGCAAGGUCGGCGAGAACGAAGUGCUAGAAGCGGUCAAAAAGGAACACAGCUCCGUACUCCUCGUGUACGCCAACGAAAAUGCAAUGAAGUUCCGGGAUAGCGAGUUGAACAUCUCUCUCAGGCACUUCGUGGAUCGGGACAACCAAGCCUUUGCGGAGGAGAUUCAGCAGGAAGAAGGCCCAAUGCCGAACUCUUCUGGUGAUCAUGAGGGAGAGGUUGAGUUUGAAGACGUUCCUUUGAUCGAUCAAACCGGGUCCAGCAACUCUGUUCGCGGACUCACCCCCGUGUCCGCGUCCACGCCUGGACGUGAUGAGGAUGAACAGCCUUCGCCCAAGCGAGCUAAAGAGGACAAUUCAGGAUUCGCGGCUGAACAACCACCUUCCUAUGAGGAAAGUGUACGCAAGCAGGAGAUGCAAGAGAGAAAAGGGAACAAAAUUGGCCUGUACGCAGAACAAAUGCUGCAAAGAUACGGGAGCGAGAGAGGCAAGGGGAUGCGGGAAAAGGACGACGGCGGCAGUUUUAUGCAUAUUGAGCACUCGGACUGA